AUGCCCGCUCGCAAAGGCGGCAAGGUUAUUUUGCAUCCGCCCACGCAGUCAGAAAUCCUUGAAGACGAGACAAUAGAGGAUGACGAGAAUACCUGGUCACCACUCCAGAUCGCAUCGCGUGACGGCAACCUUGAAGAAGCACGCCUCUUAAUUGAGUCAGCGGCAUCGGUUGACAGCAAGAAAGACGUUGUUAACGAAUCGCCACACGGGUGGUAUGGCCAGACAGCACUACAAGCCGCCUGUGCUAAUGGGCAUUUAGCCAUAGUGAAUCUACUGCUAGCGGCCGGUGCCCAAGUUGACGCCCCAGGCGGAAACAAUGGAGGCCGUACUGCCUUGACUCUUGCUGCGAUCAAUGGUCACCUAGCUGUCGUUGAGCGUUUGGUUGAGGCUGGGGCCAAUGUGAAUAUCCUUCCACAUAAGUAUUAUGGUAGGACGCCUUUACAGGGCGCCGCCGAAAACGGGCAUGCCGACAUUGUCAAGCUGCUUCUGGACAAGGGUGCUGAUACUAAUGCUCCAGUGGCAAAUAAUGCCGGCGUCACGGCGUUGACUGGCGCAGCGGCCGGUGGGCAUGUUCCAUUAAUUGACAUGUUUAUCGAAAAGGGGGCUGAUGUGAAUCCGUUGUUGAUGCGAUAUAAGGGACUAACUCCUCUGCAAGCAGCCGCUCUUCAUGGCCACAUGGAGGCCGUGGAAAUACUACUCAAGACCGGCGCUGAUGUGAAUGCAGAAGGCUGUCACUACAAUGGCUAUACAGCACUGGCAGCCGCUGCUGAGCAGGGACAUGCUGAUGUUGUUGACAGGCUGCUUGUCGCUGGGGCAGAUGUCUUGCAGACAUCGGGGAAUAAGCAUUGGACAGCGUAUCAGUGUGCAUACUUUGUUGGUCAACAGGAUAUUGCCCAGAGGUUAUGGAAAUUGGAGAGAAACAAAGCGCCGGCUUGA